CAACUGAAACACGCGUAGAUAAGGAAAAACCCUAAAAAAGAAGAGAGAUAGAGAAAAAAGAAACACUGGUAGCUAGAAAGUUCACACUCCCACUCCUCUGCGCUUCUCUUCCUUCUCUUCGCCCUGCUGCGUCGAUCUCCGAGGGGGGCUUUCCAGCCCUCUCUCUCUGCUUCAAUUCAGGUGUUCUGUCUUCACAUGGAAGCAUUGCACGCUUAAUGCCCUUGCCCUCUGUGAAGUAUUUGGACUCUACUUGUUUUUUGAAAAGUUAGGGAGUGAGCUCACAGUUUAGUCUUAUUUUAUCACAACAUGAUUGCCACUGAAACUAUCGUACCUAGUACAAAGUUGAGGAUCAAAUUCUCAACCAAAAGGAUAGAAGUUGAUUCUGGAACAAAAUGUGAGGCUGCACAGAAAGUUUCCCUAGUUGAUCAAAGUGAGCUCUCUAGUUCAAAGAAGUCCCUUAAGGCAGAUUCCAACAAAAGGGGACUGCCAGGGACAGGGAGCAUUGAGUGCCAAAAAGAGAAAAGGCAGAAGAUUGAUCGAAAGGGAUCUUCACACUGCUCUACAGUCCUGAAGAGUUUAACAUCUCAUCGAUAUAGCUGGGUUUUUAGUAAGCCAGUGGACCCUGUGGCAUUAAACAUUCCAGAUUAUUUCACAAUCAUAUCUGAACCCAUGGAUUUAGGCACAAUUAAAUCCAAGCUGGAGAAAAAUAUUUAUUCCAGCAUUGAGGAAUUUGCCACUGAUGUCAGGUUAACCUUUUCGAAUGCUAUGACAUAUAAUCCUCCCAAUAAUGAUGUUCAUUUAAUGGCCAAGGAGCUCAGCAAAGUAUUUGAGAAAAAAUGGAAAGAUUUGGAUAAAAAAUUGAAGUGUGAAGACGACCUUGAAAAAAAUAGGACGGGGUUCAUCAAGGAAACAGGAGUAAAGAGUUGUAAUGGGAUGCGGUCUCAAGAAAAAGAUGCGGUGCCCAAAAAGUCACGAGUAUCUGAGCACAAAGGAGGAAUUCAGAAGGGUAGUUCAAUGGCAGCAAAAGAUGCUAAUGUGGAGUUUCCAAAAUUUCCAUCGCUUUCUUGCAAAGUGAAGAAAGACUUGAAUGAAGGCAAUAUAAGUAACCACGAAGGGGAGUCUUGUCCUUCAUUGCGACUUAUCACAAGCCGAUGUAGUGUUUGUGGUGACAUUACUUGCAGUUGUGGAAUUCAUAGCAAUUCGAGUCACGCUUCAGAAAUAUCUUCUGAAGGAUCUGAAGGGAAGGAUGCUUUGGGGCAGGAUUGCCAGACUAAAUGUACAUCACCUUUGGAGAAAAAAUCUGACCCAGAUUCUGAUGGGCCUGUAAGUUCUCUGGACAGUGAACACGUAUGUUCUAGUUCACAGCUUGCAACUUCUGCUGGUGAUGCCACUUCUGGGGAAGUAUGGAGCACCCCUGUUUUUUCUGUACAGUUGUCACCUAAAAAGGCUCUCCGGGCUGCUAUGCUUAAAAGUCGCUUUGCAGAUACAAUCUUGAAAGCACAACAAAAAACACUUCUUGAACAUGGUGAUAAAGGUGAUCCUCUGAAAAUGCAGUUAGAAAAGGAGAGAUUGGAAAGGAUGCAGCGAGAAGAGAGAGCUAGAAUUGAAGCCCAAAUCAAACAUGCUGAAGCAGCUGCAAGAUUGAAGCUUGAGGAAGAGUCAAGGCAACGAAGAGAAAAGGAAAGAGAAGCUGCACGACUUGCAAUAGAAAAGAUGAAAAGGACUGUUGAUAUAGAGCACAAUCUGGAGAUAGUGAGAGAACUUGAAAUUUUGAGUGGGUGUACAUUAUCUUAUAAGGCAGUGGCUGGUAGACAUGGCUAUAAAGUUGCAAUGGAGGAGACAUUGGAGAAACCUCAGCUUGAAAACCCGUUGGAGCGGCUUGGUUUAUUUAUCAAAGACGAGUAUGCCGCGGAUGAAGACGAGGUGUUACCGAAUGGAGGCUGCGAAGAAGGGGAAAUAUUGUAGUGAUUAACUUUUAAUAUAGUACUCCCAGGCACCAGUUCCUAAUUGUGCAUCUAUCUGAUUUUGAAACAGAUUGAUUGUAAAUGCUGCACAUUGCUGUCCAACAAGAUCCCCUAUUAUGCCUUUGCUGUUGCCCCCAUUCUUUCCUAUCUGCUUAGUAGUGGAAGUCGUUCUAAAUACAACUUGAUGUGUACAUUGGCUUGA